AUGACCACCGGCCCCUCGGUGGUCCGCUUCCAGGCCGAAAAAUCAAACGUCGAAUUGAUCAACUCUCUCAAAUCCAAUUUUCAAGCCGCGCAGCAACCCUUGUCGCUGCAGGACGCGCAAUCCAACGGGGCGAGCAGCACAUCAUGGACGAAACAAGAGGGCGAUACACUUUACGUCCCCGCGAUUGACUUUGCGCUCUCCGGACUGUCAGAGGAACGGGAUCAGUACGAUAUAACUGUCAAAUUAUUCUACCUCCCUGGAAUCCCCGCGUCGCGAAGACAGGCACAUACACGAGAUGCAAUUGAUUUAGUUCUCAAGGAAUUACACGUUGAAUCUAUCGAUCUAUUGAUUGUAUCAUUCCCAGGGGUAUCAUUCGACGCGGAGGAUGAAGAAACAGAAGCAGAUGACGAAGGUUCAAGAACAGGCAGUGAAAGCAAAGCAGGAAGUGACAGUACAGAACAGGCAGAUGAUUUUGAGAGCAUGGUGAAGACAUGGCAUGCCCUUGAGACUCUGGCAGAAAGUGGCAAGAUUGCGCAGCUCGGUGUUGCGGAGUUUGGAACUGAGCGACUGGCUAGAUUCAUUCAGCAAACGACGAUCAGGCCAUCGGUCGAUCAGAUAAAUGUCAAGGAUUGCUGCGUUGUUCCGAAAUCGCUUAUUCUUUAUGCCAAGCAGGAGAAGAUUCGACUUCUCACGCACAACGACUGCACCAAUAUCUUGCCCCCUGGUACGACUCGAGAAUUGUUAGGGUCGGGCAAGGACAGUGCUGGGGUUCUGGCAUCCACACCCGGCGCUUUGGAUUUGCAGGGAGAAAUUGAGCCCCAGUGGGUGGUCAAGUACACAGCAGUGGUGAAAGACCGAGGCGUGAUUGAGAAUAAAGGGUACUUUGCACUUGCAGAAGUUGGAAGCUGUAUUCGGACAGAUGACCGAUCAUGA